AUGGCUUGUGGUCCCAAGAAGCAUCUGAAGCAUGUAGUAGAUCCAAAGCAUUGGAUGCUGGAUAAACUGACCCAUGUGUGUGCCCCUCAUCCUCAUAAGCUGAGAGAAUGUCUUCUUUUCAUCAUUUUCCUAAGGAACAGACUUAACUAUGCCCUAACAGGAGAUCAAGUAAAGAUCUGUAUGCAGUGUUUUAUUAAGAUUGAUGGCAAGGUCCAAACUGAUAUAACCUACCCUGCUGGUUUUAUGGAUGUCAUUGGCAUUGACAAGACUGGGGAGAAUUUCUAUCUGAUCUAUGACACCAAGAGUCGCUUUGUUGUUCAUCAGAUUACACCCAAGAAGGCCAAGUACAAGUUGUACAAAGUGAGAAAGAUCUUUGUGGGGACAGAAGGAAUCCUUCAUCUGGUGACCCAUGACGCUCGUACCAUCCACUAUCCUGAUCCCCUCAUCAAGGUGAAUGACAGCAUUCAGAUUGAUUUAGAAACUGUAAAUAGUACUGAUUUCAUCAAGUUUGACACUGGUAAUCUUUGUAUGGUGACUGGAGGUGCUAACCUAGGAAGAAUUGGUGUGAUCACCAACAGAGAGAGAUACCCUGGUUCUUUUGAUGUAGUUCACGUGAAAGAUGCCAAUGGCAGCAGCUUUGCCACUGGCUGUCCAAUAUUUUGUUAUUGGCAAAAGCAACAAACCAUGAAUUUCUCUUCUCUGUGGAAAGGGUAUCUGCCUCACCAUUGCUGA